UGAUGUAAAAAUGUACACGUCGUGCAUUGCAGAAUAGUGCACGUGAGCUCAACUUAUUCACGCCUUUCACGCGACGAUCCUUUUUCGUCUGCAGAGCACCUCGCUCUUCAGUUCAAAUCCAACACUUUACUCAAUAACACGUGCUUUCACAGAAUCGUCAAAACUAACGUACUUCACGCGUUUGAUUGUUUGCUGUUGCAGAAAUGUCCACCCGAAAAGUGAUCGUCGACGUCGACGUCGGUACGGACGAUGCCUGGGCUUUGUUGCUACUGUUGAAGUGCGAAGAGAAGUUCAACUUCAAGGUGGAGGCCAUCACUUGUACGCACGGCAAUACGGACGUGCACAAUGCAACCCGAAACGUACUACGCAUCCUAACGGCCAUCGGCCGGACGGAUGUUCCGGUGUACAAGGGAGCUGUGGAACCGCUGAUUACGCCUCCACCGGACCGCGAGGGGCACUUCCACGGGGUGGACGGAUUUGGGGAUUUGAAUUUUGAAGCUCCGGACGAGGCGUUGAUCCAACCGGAGCAUGCCGUCAACGAACUGUAUCGGAGAUUGAGCGCUGACCCCGGAAACAUAUCGCUGAUUUUUGUAGGCCCGCUGACGAACCUGGCUCUGUGCGUGAAGUUGUACCCGGAGGUGCGCGAGAAGAUCAAGGACCUUUAUGUGAUGGGCGGAAACAGGCACGGGGUGGGCAAUGCAACCAAAAGCGCUGAGUUCAAUUUUUGGGCCGAUCCAGAGGCGGCACACAUCGUAUUCAACAACCUGAUGUGUCCGAUCACGCUGCUUCCGUGGGAAACGUGCGUUUCCGAACAUCGGGGACUGGAGAUGAGCUGGAGGAUGGAUGUUGUGGGCAGGACGGCGAAUAAGGCCGUGCUGAUGUUGAACCAGGUGGAAUGCAAGUGCUACGCUGACUGGCAGAACUGGAUGCCGUGCGAUGCGUUCGUUGUAGCCGUUUUCAUCAAGCCAGACAUUGUGGUUCACUCGGAACAUUGGCACGUGGAUAUCGAGUUGACGGGAGCGUUGACCAGAGGCCAGGCGGUGCUGGACCACCGGAAGAGAACCAAGGAAAAUACGAGGAUCGUCGACAGGAUCGACACGGACUAUUUCAAACGCAUGAUGUUGUACGCGGCUGACCAUGAUGUUGAAGAUCAGCUUUGAAAUGUUG